AUGGCGAACGUGUCUUCUCCGUUAACGUUUGCUGAGAAAAUGCAACGAUUGUUGCAGCAUCGAGCUGAACGACAGCCGCUCCCGGAAGGCUACAUGCGUUGCCCACUAAACCCGGAGCAUCAGCUUCCCAUUGCCGCCAUUGUGACACACCUGGAGAGGGCGCAUCAGCACGACGCCCUGGCCCUCGCACCCCACGCUAUGUACGGCACCGAGACCUACAGGCGUCGCCGCGGCUUUCUAGAGAUGCAGCUUCACCGUCGUGAUGGAGCAGACCAACGACAACAGCACGCAAACCGCUACCACCACCAUGAGCGCCGCCGUCGUUCAAGGCGGUCGUCGUACGACUCUAGUAGUUCCUCUGCCACGUCCUCGCAGAACUCGUCGCCGCGGGGUAGACGCCAUGAAUCUCGACAGCGGUAUCGCCACGAAAAGAAGCAGGAGUCAUACGUCAGCCACAAUGGCCUCCCUGUGGUGGCGUACAAUGGAAUGGGAGUCCCGCUGCCGCCGCCUCCAUCAUCAUCGCCUGUGGAUGCUGCUACCACAUGGUGUGGGUCGUAUCAACCAGCAGUAGCGGCAGCGGCGGUAACGUCAUUCGAAGCUUCGACAAGAACCUUGUUGGGGCGCUACACUCUCGGGCUCACUAUUGACAGGCAGUCCCUCAUGGAAUAUCUGCUUCAGUUUGGUUCUCUCCUUCGUUGUGAUGCACAACCACAUAGUGCAACCUUCACGGUGGUUUACGAUACAUUGGAGGCGGCGUCAAAGUGCUUCACGCUAAGUUACCCGUCCGUUAUCAUUGACGGUGUUGCCGUUGAGUUACGUCCAACGGCAUGUGAGCCAAAUAUGACAGGAGCAUCCGACCAAAAAAUGACAGCGUCUACACUUCCGCAUGUGGCUCCCACAUAUUUACGCACGUGUCAUGCGCCACCACCGCCACCACCGCCGCCAUCAUCAAUACCACCACCGCUACCAUCGGAAUCACUACCGCAGCACCCGCACCACACACCGUCUGUGAUUACGGUUGGUGGAAAGCCUGUUGGUAUUGCGAUGCUGGGCCGUGGUGGCAGCUGCAACAACACCAAUAUUGCUGGAGGAUCCAACACCAAGGUAAACCCACCCAAGUGUGUUUUUAUCGCCGUAUUGAAGAAAAGUGGAGAAGGGGAUGAGAUGGGGGUGAGCGAACGACAUCUUUGGGAGGAGUUUGUGCGCUUUGGCAGAGUUUCCAGCAUUCUGGUAGCAGGGCCCCGCGUUGUGGUGGAGUACGCGUGCCAUGAGAGCGUGGAAAAAAUUACUCAGGCCCUGAAUAAGGGCGAAGAUGUCUUUACCUACUGCUCCCCGCUGCAGUUAACGUGA